AUGGAGUCCCCCUUAACUCAGCAAACUAGACCCGAAACCUUCAAGCCUAAAGUCGUGCAACUAUACGAGAACCUAUUUCAGACCUCGGACUAUAAUGAACCCUCCGAGGGAUUUUGGAGGGAGUUCUUCUUGCUGCCGCCUGAUCGGAGCCAGCUCAGCUCUAUCCUAGACCAGCUCAGCCCUGAUGAAACGCUCCAUUUACAGGUUCAAACCCAACAGCUUUUCACCCGGGCCAUCCGUGAAGCUGCUUCGAGAGCCAGUCCCGUGGACUCGUAUGCACUAGAGACCUUGAUGGUAUUUCUGGCUUGCGUCUUGAAGAAGAAGUACACCAACCCUAGUUCGGAUGUCAUUACCGUUCUUGCAGGUCUCGAUCAUGUUGACCAAGUUAUUUCGAACUUUGUCGCCGUAUUGGAUGGCAUUAUUCGCAAUGGAAGCAGCUUUGAUUUGCGCAUCAAGGCUAUUAAGACAGCUAUCGCCAUGACCAGUGGCGCAUACAAGACCAGUCUGGUUUCGUAUUUAACGCAUCGCGAUUUAUUCCCGUCCCUCAUGAAGUUCGUCCAAGAAUCUGAAACUCCAAUCCAAGUAUUUGACCCAUUUCUUCUUCUGGGAUUGCUAGCAAACUACAACAAAUUUGAGUUCCAAAACCCUUACCAGCUGCGACUUGACGACUUUGUCAAUGAGACAAGCAUCCAGAAGAUUGUCAAGGGAGUCGGGCUCUCGUGCGCUGCUGUGAGGAACGGUUAUGUUGCUGUGCAGGACGAUGCCCCCGAAGGGUGGACGCUGUUCAGCACAUUGGUUUACUUUGGCCUGGGGGCCUUCUCUCCAAGCAAGAAAGACAAAGCCAGCCCACCGAGUGCAGAAGAAGCCAAGGAGAUGUUCGCGAUGCUGCCGGCCCAGCAAGCAGCUAUCCUUUUGGCUACUUAUGACUUCACAAAUGCCAACAAACUCUUUGGCCAGAAUCUGAUCAGCCAAGCCCCAGACAAGGAUAAUGAAGAAUCGCCAUUUGCUAGUUUCCUCUCGUUGACAUCGUAUCUUCUGCACCACGCCUACCGCUCCCCAAGGAUAGCGCACUAUGCCAAACUCAACCUCUUCACGCUCCGCAUCCUCACCGAGGACUCCACCCUCUGCAAGCAACUCUGCAGCGAAGAAAACAAAAGAAAAAUCCGCCUCUGUCGCCAAAGACAGCCAUAUCUACCAGUAGUCCCAGGGGACCGCGUCCUCGCAACAGUCAUCUUCGACAUCAUAAUUGAUACAAUCUCCCACAACCUGCGACGCCGCCUCGAUGUCAACAUCUACAGCCACUCAAUCGCGAUCCUCCUCCGCCUCCUCACCUACCUAUCCAUGAACAAAAUCCGCCUAGUGUACCACUGGUCGGAGCUCUGGCGCAACCUUCUCUCGCUCAUGCGCUUCCUAACAACCUACGUCACCGACCUCGCAUCCAACCCUAACAUCACCACCCUGACCACAACCCUCGUAGACCUAGUCGCAUUCUGCGUCUCCGCAGGCGACACCUUCCUCCCCGACCCUUCCUCGCCCAUCAUCACCAAAUACCGCGACGUGUAUUCUCUGAAACCAGCCAGCUCGAAGCCCACAGACCCGAACCCAUCCAAAGACGUCCACGUUGCGGCCAUCGACACCCUCAUUUCCGUCUCAACCCACUUCUACACCCUGCUGUUUAACCCGGAGCAGACUGAUGCGAAGCCCGAUGGUGAUGGCCAAGGCGUGGCGCCUAUCCCGGCGCACCGGAAGAAGAACCUCGGUCCCAGAGAGGUUCAUCGCAUUAUCAAGCAAGGGUAUGAUACGUUGAGCAUUCAGCCGCCGGAGGGGCUGAGCGCUUGGACUAGGUGGCGGGAAACGGAUGCGAAGACGGAGCUGAAGCAGGCUGCCAGGUGCGUUGUUGAAGAUGCGAGGCAGCUGGUUGUGUAG